AUGAAAGCUGCUGCAGCUGGAAAAUGGCCCCUAAAAUGGUAUGCUCCAGAAUGCAUAUACUAUUUCCGCUUCGACUCGAAAUCCGACGUCUGGAGUUUCGGAGUCACACUUUGGGAAGUUUAUUCUUACGGAGAUAGGCCAUACAAGGACAUGAAAGGCGCCCAAAUUCUAACCAUGCUUGACCAAGGUUUGCGUCUCUGUCGGCCACUACGUUGCCCAGAGGCUAUCUACUCUAUCAUGCAGGACUGCUGGAAUUUUGAAGGUGUCCGGCGGCCUACUUUCGCUGAGCUCGUGCUACUCUUUUCUCGUCUCGUCGCACAGUCUUCGGUAAAGCCGACCUCUUCAGGUGGUAUGACAGCAACGGCUCUCGGUAUUAGAACCCUCUCAACCUUCUCUUCCACUGCUUCAAAUUGCAUCGAGGCUAGCCCUCCUGGUGCAAUCGAGUCUCUAGGCAGUCAGACCGGACUAUCGUUAUUAGACCACGUGACCUCAUCACCAAGUGGUGCUUCCACUUCAUCCUCGGGCAUCUCUUCAGCCGGCGGAGAACCUAGUCAGUCUUCGAUGACGGCCAACUAG